UAUCUCCAGAAACCACAGGCCAUGUUUAAAGCUGCCUUAUUAUUGAUAUAUUAUAUAUUGGCCUAUAAUGAUAUUAUAUGUAUUUAUUUAUCCAUCCGUCAUGAUUUAAGUUCCUAGUGCAUCCUUGAUUGACAGUUUUACAUCCGAUAUUUACCUCUGUACUACAAUGACAUACGUUAAUGUCAGUGUUGUGUUCUGUUUGCCACCUAAUAGGGCGUGUGCUAUCUGUUAGGAUGCUUCUGUUAGUUAGGGUAAGAGGUUAGGGAGCCAAUAGUGGUUAAAAGUUGAGAUCAUGCAUCUCAUUUCAAUCCUCGAUGGAAAUGAUCACAUACAAGCACAUGCGUGUACUGCUAUGAUGAUCACAACAACGAGAGAUCAGUGCCAUCUAGUUCACCCUUCAGUGCUCACAUGGAUAUCGCUGUUCAAUAGAUAAUGGUUUGUCUUGCCUAACGCUUUGUGUGUAGUAUCUCAAUAUUCUCACACAGUAUCCUACACCCUUUGGGGUGGAUGGUUUCCUUCCUAAAGGGAGCAGAUUGUAGGUCCUAUUUUCUCCCCACUUGGUUUACCAUUUGCUGUAAAAGAGAAAUACGAAGAUCCGUCAUUUGGUCACACUUCUUCAGAGAUGGAUGUGGGGAUCUCAAAGUGUCGCGUGUUCCUCAACUACAGCCCCAGUGCUCUCUUCUCUCAGUCGCGCGUUCCUUCGGCGGGGCGUUGCAUCAUGGACGCGAUAAAGGAAGGUCCCGAGAGAAGCAUGAGCCCGGGCCGAGUGGUGGCCCUCGCUGCCGGCCUCUCUAUAGGGGCCGGGGUGGGCUACAUGGUCUACCGCCACCUGAGUAGCACCAGUAUCAGUGCCACCUCACAGCUGGUCAGCUGUGAAGAGUCUACGAUGACUCUGCCCCUGGACGUGUACAGGAAUAUGUCAAGACACCAGGCCACCUUUCUGGAUACGGCCAGAGAGCGGUCUGGAGCCCAUGUCCAGGUCAUCCCGGCCACAGGGGGUCCCUGCCCUCAGACAGCUGUGGGUUUACUCCUCCGGGGGUCCCCGGAACAGAUACUAAUGGCCAAGUGUGUCCUGGGCAACCUGGUCACAGACUGUGAGCCAGCCACUGAAGUCCUGGAGGUGCCCCUGACGGCCUUUGGAAGGAUCAUAGGCCGUGGAGGGGAGUCUCUAAAGCUAAUCACGCAGACCACCGGCGCCAGGGUCGUUUGUCCCCGGGACAGGCGGCAGGACCCAGGGGCCAUGGGCAAAGUGACCAUCACAGGCACCCAUCAGGAGGUGCAGCAGGCCAAGGAGUUGAUACUGGAGAAGGUGCGUGACGACACCACGGUAAGGAGGAAGAUCUGCCAGUCAUCCGCCCUUCGCCUGAAACGAGGGCCGCAUGAUCUCCAGGCCCCCAAGUGUGAGGACGUGGAGCCACAGCCGCCAGGACCGGCUGUCAACCACAACAACAACAACGGGCCCUGCUCCCUGAAGCCCGAGGAGCUGGCGCUGAGUCUGCAGUCCAACAAGCCCGGGAACAAGGAGGAGAAGCCAGAGGAGCUGGCGCUGAGUCUGCAGUCCAACAAGCCCGGGAACAAGGAGGAGAAGCCCGAGGAGCUGGCGCUGAGUCUGCAGUCCAACAAGCCCGGGAACAAGGACGAGAAGCCCGAGGAGCUGGCCUCCCCAGACUCCCUCUCCGAAGUGUCCAAGUUUGAAAUUCCCAGCCCGGACCUGAGCUUCCAGCCCGACGAGCACCUGGAGGUGUACGUCUCGGCGUCGGAGAACCCCAGCCACUUCUGGAUCCAGAUCCUGGGGGUUCGCUCCCUGCAGCUCGACAAGCUGACGGAGGAGAUGAGUCGCUUGUACGCCGCGGGAACACCCAGCGAGCACAUGAUAGAGUCCAUCGUGGUAGGGGACAUCGUGGCCGCCCCGUACCGGGACCAUUGCACGUGGAACAGGGCCCGAGUGCUGGGCCUGCAUGGGUCCGGCCUGGUGGACCUUUACUACGUGGACUUUGGAGACAACCAAGAUCUGCCCAAAGACAGCCUGCGCAGCAUGAGGAGUGAUUUCCUCAGUUUACCGUUCCAGGCCAUUGAGUGUAGCCUGGCAGAAGUACAGCCAGCAGAUGAGGCCUGGACCGAGGCAGCCCUGGAUGACUUUGAAAAACUAACUUAUUGCGCUGAGUGGCGCCCCCUGCGGGCCAAGCUGUGCAGUUACUCCCACUCUGAAGUUUGCACCUGGCCAAGUAUGAAGCUCUAUGACAACAGCCAGGGCAAGGCUGUAGAUCUGGGUGAGGAGCUCAUCCGUCUGGGCCACGCCGUGAGCUGCCAGGACUCAGGCAGCGCAGGAGGGGACGCGGAAAACCUUGGCUCUCUGCAGAGAAUGCUGGAUGAUGUGAUCGGGGCGUCGUCUGAGCUGAGCCUGUCCUGUAUAAGCCUAUCAGAAGUUGCUUCCAUCUCUGGAAGCGUUGACGAUACCAUUGAUGAUGAGCUUUUCUGAGGUCAAGCCUCCAGCCUCCAGCAUGGACCGUCCACACCCCUGCAUCCCUUUGAUGUGGAUUGCUGCAGGUGAAUCUCUACCUAGCUGUGUGAGCCCCAACACCCUGCAUUGAUGAAGCGUUACUCACUUGAAUGUGUGCAACAGUUAAAAUCUUCCCGAAAAAGUAGUGGUCUUUAGUCAACCAAAUGCAGGAUUUAUUUGUUGCUGUCGUUUAUUUUUUUAAUAGUGCCACUAUUUCUGUUACUUUCAAGACUGCUUUGGGUUCAUAAUCAGGAUAUCGGGUUCAAAACUUCCCUGAGGCCAGUUCAUGGCUAAGUCACUGGUUAGCUGGACCGUGGCUUUAAUGUUUCAGUUUGCUGCGUGCGUGCGUGCGUGCGUGCGUGCGUGUGUGAGUGCGUGUGCUCGUGUGAAUGCCCAGCUGUUAAAUACAUUGAAUAUAUAUUGAAGAGAAUUAUAUUGUUCAGGUUAUAUUAUUGUUUUAAUAUUAAAUAUCGUUAUUUUGUGAAACUUAAGAUGUAUCUAUAAUACUGCAGUGCUAUUUGUCUGCAGAAAUACAAUAGUGAUCUUCAAUAAAGAAUUUAUUUGUCUUAAA